AUGGAGGAGCCACGAUUAUUACCCGAGCAAAUCAUGCUGCCGCCCAGCCCGGCGGAGUCUGUGGAAUCGGUCGAGGCCACGACGGAAGAAGAAGGUUCAACGCGGACGGAAACCGCAGAUGCAACGGAGGACGUCAUGAUAACCUUGUCGCUCCCCACCCAGCUUGCGUCCAGGCCGGUGAGGAACCACUCGCCCUUCUCGCGAUCUCAUUUUCGAUCCCGAUCGCUGGCGGAGCUGCCGGCGCCGAUGACGCGAGCAUACUCGUCUCCCGGACCUGAUUCCCGAGGACGCUAUAUCUUCGUCAAGGGCCACGGGGUCCCCAUGGGUCUGCUGGACAAUCCGGCCAGUGCAGAGCGAGAUGCUCUGGAGGAAGAAACUCCCGUUGAUGCGAGAAUGUCGUCGUUGAAUCUGAACAUCUCCCCGACCAUCUCCGAGCACGUCGAACUUGAUAUGAGUGCGCACCCGUCCACUUCCCAUUCUACCGACUUGCCCACAACUACCUCCCCAGUUCUUGCUCCUCACAUCUUCCCACGAAUCAGUCGCCGGCGCCCAUCGUCGCCGCUGCAUCUCAACUCCUCCGCCAGCAGCGUGAGCCAGUCCAUCAGCAGUACUCCUUCACCCAGCCAUUAUCCUCCAACCAUGGUCCUCGGCUCGAAAUACAAUGAGACCUAUCCCAGCUACUCGGCCUCGUCUGCCUCGUCGAUUCCUUCCACCCCCACCAGCCUUCGGUCUCGGAGCCCCAGCAUCUCAUCUCUGGAAACGAUUCCAGACAUUCCAGACGCCGAAGCUGCAGCCAUCGAAGAUGAUCGGCUGGCUGCUCUGCAAGCCGCGGCCGACAAGGUCGACGAGUCUGACGCUGCAGGCAGCACAGUCAGGCGGCGGGGCACGUCCGACGUUCCCAACCCCUCCGGUACUCUUUCCAACACACGCCCCGGGCUAGGCGGCUAUGGCGUGCGAACCGACAAGAGGAAGAGAUGGAGUGUCUGUGGCGCGGAACGUCGAGGAGACCUCGACCUGGAGACCAUCUGGGAGGAUUAG